GUGCAAUGGCGUAUACACGGGCCGUCCCCCGUUAUUUUUGGAUUUAAAUUUAAAUCAAAAAGGCCCAUAAUCGAAGGAACGCUUCUUAUUUUAGGACGUUUUUCAUCCGUCAACUUCGCCACGUGUUCAACUGUGAUUGGUUGUAGAUUAUCUCUAGGUUUUCCGAAAAACAUUUCUUUGGACAAAAAUUUCUUUCACUUCUUUAUUUUCUCUCGACGGCGACGAGAGAGGCGAUAGACAUCCUCGUCGAAUUCACGAAGCGAUUCCGUUUCUUCUCACCAGAAUUUCUUACCGAAGCCGAUCUGCUGUUUCUCCCGAGGCCGGUCCGAUCUUAUCAACGUCUCGAAGCUUUCCUGGCGGUCCGAUUUUCACUUAUCUCCCGACGCGAUCUUCUCUUCUCUCCCGAACCGAUCUUCUCUUCUCUCCCGAAGCGAUCUUCUCUUUUCUCCCGACGCUAAUUAAGGUUAAGUAAGAAAUGGGACACGACUAUAGCUACUCUCAGCCUGACUCAUCCGAUCUGGCUGAUAAGCACUCAGAGGACACUGCGGAGAGAGAGCUAGAUGCUUUGAUUCGUAUGGAUGAAGCAGAGUCGAGGGUAUACCCCCCUCAGCCUGAGGUGGAGCAUGGAUUCCCGAAGGAAUGCUACUGUGGUGCGCAGCCUAUUCUGUCGAACUGCUACAAUAGAAGGUAUGUGAUAUUAAUGUAGUUUUGCUAUUCUAUCAGUCAAUUUAGUUUCGCUAUAUAUGCUAACUCUUUUACAUAUUGUAGGUUCUUUACAUGUCCAAAUGUCGAUGAUGGAGAGAUGCAUAUUCACAAGUGGUGGGAUGUGGCUGUAGUGGAGGAGUUGAGGGACAAUGAUAGAAGAUAUGAAGUGAUGGUUGAGAAGGUAGAUUACUUAACUUUGUUCAAUGAAUAUGAAUCAGAGAUCAAUGAGAAGAUGGUUAUGUUAGAGAAUGUAGUUAACGAGAUACGUAAUGAAAAUAGGUUUAGAUAUAUAACUGAUUUGCUGGUUGUUUGUGUCAUGGUUAUUUUCGCAUGUAUUUUGUUCAUGUCUACUUAUUAAAUGAGACUUUGUAAUAACUCACGGGUACUUGUUGUUUUCCUAUGUAUGUUGUUUUGUUUUCCUAUCUCACGGGUACUUGUUGUUUUUUUAGCUAUGUACUUUGUUUUGUUUUGUUAUCCCACGGGAAACUUGUUGUUUUGUUUUGUUCAGACUCACGGGUUACAAAAUAAUGCAACUCACGGACACUAGUCUUUUCUUCCUAUAUAUGAUAACUCGUAACUCUCACCAAACAAGACCAAAUCAAGAAAACAUUCUCAAGAACCACCUUCUUCUAUACAAAACAUUCUCAACAAAACAUUCUCAACAAAACAUUCUCAAGCAAAAUACUCAUACCAAACACGAUCAAACCAACAACAUAUUGGCAGUUAUUUCUUCCUCUAUAUUCCUUUCUCUUCCUUUCUCUUCCUUUCUCUUUAAUAUAAUUUACAUCUUCCUUUCUUUUCCUUUCUCUUCAAAUGGGAUCAUCUUCAAAUCAUUAUCACUAUCAAGCCGAUGAUAAUCAUUAUCACUACCAAGCAGAUGACAGUGAUAAUUUUGAGGGCUAUUUAGAAAACAUUUAUGAUGUUUCGCACAUUAUUCCAGAACCAAACCAGCCACACGAUAGGAUUUAUAUCGAGCGAAACCGGGAAGAAGGCCACAAUAAUCUUUGGAAUGAUUAUUUUAGUGACACUCCAACAUAUCCAGAAUAUUUAUUCCGGCGACGGUUUCGCAUGCACAAGCCAUUGUUCAUGCGAAUUGUGCAACGUCUCUCUACCGAAAUCGAAUAUUUCCGCCAAACCCAAGAUGCAACUGGACGGGCUGGUCUUUCACCUAUACAAAAAUGUACUGCAGCAAUUCGUCAAUUGGCAUAUGGUACUUCUUCUGACAGUAUUGACGAGUAUGUACGAAUUGGUGCUUCGACAGCUCGGAAAUGUUUGCACGAGUUUACCGCCGGCAUCAUCCAAGUGUUUGGAGAUGAAUAUCUAAGACGUCCUACACAGGAGGAUCUACAUAGACUACUCUAUCAGAAUGAACAGCGUGGAUUUCCCGGGAUGAUUGGUAGCAUUGAUUGUAUGCAUUGGGGGUGGAAGAAUUGUCCCACGGCUUGGAAAGGCAUGUAUUCACGAUCAACCGGAAAACCUACAAUUGUGUUGGAAGCGGUAGCUUCGUAUGACCUAUGGAUAUGGCAUGCCUUUUUUGGAGCUCCAGGUACUAUGAACGAUCUUAAUAUUCUUGAUCGUUCUAAUGUUUUUGAUGACAUAAUAACCGGUAAAGCUCCCGAAGUCCACUACGUUGUCAACGGAAGGGAGUACAAUUUGCCGUACUAUCUCACCGAUGGUAUUUAUCCAAAUUGGGCCACUUUUAUUCAAUCUAUCCGACUUCCACAAGGUAUGAAAAAUUCUCUCUUUUCUAAAAAACAAGAAGCUGUUCGGAAAGAUGUUGAGCGUGCCUUUGGAGUCUUGCAAGCUAGAUUCGCCGUUAUUAAAAAUCCGUCUCGCUUAUGGAAUAAAUACAAAAUGGCAAAUGUUAUAAGAUCAUGCAUAAUACUCCAUAAUAUGAUUGUCGAAGAUGAACGACAUACAUACAGUUACAGAAACAUUGUUUCUGAAUUUCAACACGGAGAACAUGUCGAUCAAACAUAUACUGUUGGUGCUCCCGGUGUCGGUUCAAAUAUCAGCACUACGAUUACUCGUCAAACAAGACUUCGGGAUAAACAAGCCCAUGACCAACUAAAACAUGAUUUGAUUGAGCAUAUUUGGACUAACUUCGGACAUCUUCCAAAUAAUGAAGAUUAAUUUUCA